ACGUAUGCUAAACGUCUGGAUGACAGCGAUCGUAUGCAGACGGACGAAUACAAGGUGAAACUCGGUUAAAAGAUUUAGUUGUGAAGUCUUAUAUUUUUAACCGUGAAUUAUUCGAAGAUUGUGCUGUCUCAAGUUUCACAAACAAGCAUUCUUGCCAGAUGUUUGUCAAUGACAGAAAUUACAGUACUUUUUUUGGAAAAUUCACAUGAAGCAACGGUACACGUCUGUUAGUGUUUGGAUUACAGCAGGCUAAGGUUGCUAAACAAACGCGUUUGUGCAAAAGUCUUCUCUGACCUCAAAUGUAUAGAUAUUUAACAAGACAUUUACAAGGACAGAUGUGUUUGUGUGCCCAGAAAACAUUAUCGAAAGCGCAUCAGCCGUUAAUUCUCGCUCCAGUGAACAUGGUUAUCCAACAGAAAAUAAACCGAGGUUACAGUCGCCGAGGCCCAAGGAAAAAAUCUAAAUAUGAUAAAGAUCUUUAUGAAGUUCUGGAAUUGUCACAAAAGGCAACAGGUGUUCAAAUUAAAGGAGCAUACUUUAGACUAUCGAAAAAAUAUCAUCCUGACAUCAAUAAAAGUGAAGAUGCUGCUGAAAAAUUUGCAGAAGUAUCGGAAGCAUAUGAAAUUUUGGGAAGACCAGAAUCACGGAGACUUUACGAUAAAGGAUUGGUGGAAGAAGACUUCAGAAACACCGGACACCCUGAUGGAUGGAAGUCAUACAGAAAGGGUUUCAAAAAAUAUGAUGGCCCUCCUAUGCGCGGUAGAACAUCAAUCUUUGAUUUUGAUAAGUGGACAAGUACUCACUAUUCAGAAGUGUUUGCGAAAAAGAAUGCUGAAAGGAAAAAGUUCGAUGAAUUCCACGCUAACGUAGGAAGACAGGAAGUGAAACAGAAGAGAGACACGGGGGAAACUGGGACAGAACUUGUAAUAGUGUUUUUAGUGGUUUUUCCUGUGAUGUACUUUCUAUUAAGGUCAGACGUAAAGUUUGAUAAGUUUGAGACGCUAGGCGACACAGAGACGUAUCAAACACGAGAACUUGCUAAGAAAAGAGAAAUGGAACAGGCUCGAUUAUCUACCAGCCAGGAUCUGGAAACUAAUUUAGCUACAGAUUGAUUCUACAAAAGAACACUGAACACAAGCUUACCGGGGUACAUGGAUUAUAUUUUAAUCAUCAAAUACAUGUAACUACCGUAUGUUAUUGAUAUAGAAACACCAAUUUUUUUUUUUAAUUAUUUGAUAUGGGUUAAGAACUUCCAUUUCAUGAGAAUAAUGAAACAAGUGAUUAAUCAAAAGUUUCAAUUUUUUUACUUUUAAGAUAAUCUUAAUUAAAUAAUCAAAAUGACUUUGCAAAAACAUAUAUAUUGCACAAAACCAGCUUUUCUGUGUCAAUUUUUGAAGUGACACUGCAGGCUCUAUCUGAUAGUGAUAGGUCUCUAUAUGUGAUGUAGUCUGAACAGACUGACAUUUCAUAGCCACUUUGAAUGUCACAAUGGGCUAUAAUACAUUAAAAUUAAUUAACAAAAAUAUAGCAUGGGUGUAAUUGGUGAAUAAUGUGAUGAUUAGAUGAUAAUGUAUUUUAAUAUAAUUUGUUUACCUUGUGAGUAUGCUGUGAUACAACUAAAAACAAACGUACAGACUUACAAUACAAUGGUACCUAUAUCCCAACAACUUAAGGAAUUCGAAUACAUACAUGAAUUGAUUAUUGAAUUUUAAUGUGGCCUUUAUUUUUUUGUAUCUUGACCCUUUUGAGGCCUCCUUUUAUACAAUCUGUAGAUUGAUAUUAAUGCCAUCUUUGGAUAUUACCAUGACUCUUGAUUUCUCUUUGUUUAUAAUUAGAAACAUUAAUUACUUUUAAUGCCUUCCCCGUUUUACAGCCGAGGGCAUGUAGUGUUAGCCUUGACUGUUGUUUGUCAUAGUUUUGUUUCCACUCAUUGACGCUUUGGGAUACAGAUAUAGAACUGUAUUUGUAAGAAGUUGUGUAAUGACAAUAUGCAGGUUAAGUUUUGAUUUGGUUAAGUGAAAUUGAUAAUCUCCCGUAAUUAAAAUUUUACAAAAACGGUAGGACAAAAUUUGGGAAGCCUUGUCUGACUCCAGUGGGAAUUUCAAAAAGAGAGAGAGAGAAAGAGAGAUAGAGAUAGGAUAUCAGAGAAGAAAAAGAAGAGAAAAAUGUAGAUCUCUUGAUAGAGCGAACACUCUAAAUGACAAAAUAUUGGGUGCGAUUUAAGGAACUUGACCUUUCAUUUUGCUCAGACAUUUCUAGUUAAAUCAUUAGAAAGUGUGUUCUGUACACAGAAUUUAUGUUCAAUAUCAAUACAUAUAUAGUGGUCUUUUCAGUUAAUGGAACUCUGUGUAUAGCUCGAAUGGACGUCAUGAAAAUAAGAGGGUCCUUUUUUAUUUCUAUUUUUAGAAGGUUAAAGGGACAGCUCCAAUACAAAUUCUCAGAAUUUAAUGUACAAAUUCUGCAAGAAUGCAAUUCUACUCAAAAUACAAAUUGAUUUUUGAUUCUGGAUUUCUGAGAUUUAUUGUACAUCUUAAUACAUCCUCUUAAGUAAUCUGUGAUAUGAUAUCUGUAACAAGAUUUUAUUUCAUAUGAGAUUUUAUAAAACAGGUAUUAAGAUA